UUUCGAUGCAUGAAAGCGUUUCAGUGCACGUCCUAUUUGUAAACCUCUUCAGUAGGGCGAUUUUGCGCGCUCCCGUGGACUCGCCAUAGAAAACAAAGCUGAACGUCUUCCAUAACAGCUAGAGGUGCAGACUUGAGGAAUAUCCGAAUUUAGUCUGCAUACAGCGAGCUGAAUAUGGAUUUACUGUGGGUGUAGCAUCGUUGGAGACCGAGCCUUCUCGGUUGGAGUGACAGCAGGACACUAGCGAAACCACCGAAAAUAACAGCUGUGUCUUUUUUUCUCGGGGUGCUUUGUCUAGUCCACCUAACGAUAGCAAACCAUCACUGUCGUUUUAACCGCAAGAUAUUCAGCUAGUUCUUACUAGCUGCUGCCGGGAUGUAUCACCAUGUUGUCACCAAAAAGUAACCGCUAAGACGUCGAAUUGUGAAGGAAACGCAAGAAAACAUCUCCCGGGUCCCGACGGGUUGUCACUGGGACCUGAAUCUGUGUUAGCCACAGUCGCGGAACCCACUGUUUUUGGCGAUAUGGCGGAGCAAGGCUACUCAUCCUGGGCGUACUCCCUAGUUGACUCCAGUCAGGUGUCCACCUUCCUCAUUUCCAUUCUGCUCAUUGUCUAUGGCAGCUUCAGGUCAUUAAACAUGGAUUGUGAGAACCAGGACAAGGAUAAGGAUGGAAACCCUUCAACAACGGGGUCAUUCAAUAACAACAAUACAAACAACAGCAUUCAGACUAUAGACUCCACACAGGCCCUGUUUCUGCCCAUAGGAGCCUCAGUGUCUCUGCUAGUCAUGUUCUUCUUCUUCGACUCUGUACAGGUGGUCUUCACCAUCUGCACUGCAGUUCUUGCAACAAUUGCAUUUGCAUUCCUUUUGUUGCCAAUGUGCCAGUAUCUGACCAGACCCUGCUCCCCACAGAACAAGAUUUCGUUUGGUUGCUGUGGGCGCUUCACUCUGGCUGAGCUCCUGUCUUUCUCACUCUCUGUUAUGCUGGUGCUCAUCUGGGUGCUGACUGGACAUUGGCUUCUCAUGGACGCUUUAGCCAUGGGCUUGUGCGUCGCCAUGAUAGCGUUUGUGCGACUUCCCAGUCUGAAGGUGUCUUGCCUGCUGCUGUCAGGACUGCUCAUUUAUGAUGUUUUCUGGGUGUUUUUCUCAGCAUACAUCUUCAAUAGUAAUGUGAUGGUCAAAGUAGCCACUCAGCCUGCUGAAAAUCCCAUAGAUGUUCUGUCCAGGAAGCUCCAUUUGGGGCCGGGGAUGGGCCGUGACGUACCCCGCCUCUCCUUGCCCGGCAAACUCGUCUUUCCCAGUUCCACAGGAAGUCACUUCUCGAUGCUGGGAAUAGGAGACAUCGUGAUGCCAGGGCUGCUGUUAUGCUUUGUCCUGCGUUAUGAUAACUACAAGAAGCAAGCGAGCGGGGAAGUCCCAGGGCCCGGUAACAUGUCUGGACGCAUGCAGCGCGUCUCCUAUUUCCACUGCACUCUCAUCGGAUACUUUGUAGGACUGCUGACUGCCACCGUGGCCUCCAGGAUCCAUCGUGCUGCACAGCCCGCUCUGCUCUACCUGGUGCCCUUCACCCUGCUGCCUCUGCUCACCAUGGCCUACCUGAAGGGGGAUUUGCGGCGCAUGUGGUCUGAGCCUUUCCACACUAAGUCUAGCAGCUCUCGCUUCCUAGAGGUAUGAUACAACUUGGGACAAGCGACCAGCACGGAGAAGUUCUUUUUUUUUUUUUUUUUUUUUUUUUUUUUUGUUGUUGUUGUGUUUUUUUUUCUCCCUUAAUUCGAGGGAAGGAGAGAGGGCACACUCACAGUGAGGCCAUGUUGUCAUCACUCGUUCAUGCUUUCCACCAAUCUUCUGAGAAAACCCUCCGAAGGGACACCAGUGUGUGGAUCACAACGCCCCGACACAACUCAUCUUUGGUCCCUAAUCCUCCCUGUUUCAUCUCUGCUUCCUCUCUGCUGUUUAUUUCCUCUUCACUACAGCACAUCCUGCCCAUGCUGUUUUCGUUCUGCCCCCCCCCCUUUUUCACACGUGUAUAGUUGGUCUCAUUUGCCACUUCCCUCACAUGGCCUCGUCUCAUUCGUCAGGCCUCUUCUCUGUCUGCAGUUUCCUCCUUUUUCUACGUCUUUAAUUUCCUCUGCAUCUCUUUGUCUAUGACUCAGAUGAACUCGAGGGCAAGGCCUCCCCUCCCCCCUUUUUGUGGACUUGCAGUUGUGAGACAUAGCAGGGGUUUAUAUAUAUUUUUUUAGCAUUGUCGUGGUCAUUAUUAUUAAUAUU